AUCGAGUUUGCCGUUGGGAGUUCACCAUUCCCAUAGACUGUUCACCUGAGAGACCAAGUAGACUACAGGCAGAGCAGCCCAGCGUGUCCCUUCUUGGAACAUUCCCCUCUAUAUUGGAGGAAUGUGGUGGUACUGAGUGAAAGAAAAACAAAGUUAUUGUGAGGGGCGGUCAGGUUUUCAAAGUAGACAAACUCAGCAGUAGGAAACAAUUGAACUUUGCCUUGAACAGCAUAAGGGAACAUGGCAACGGGUGGAUUUAGAUCCAACGCAACGACGGACUUUUUGGAAGAGUGGAAGGCAAAACGUGAGAAAAUGAGAGCAAAAAUGCUUGGUGACAUCGCUGCAGCCACCGGCGUGUGUACUGGCAGCGUCUCAACCACUACAUCUCAUGGGACCAACAGCAAUAAAACUGAAGCCCGCAAUACAACUCCUCCAACCGAGUUUAACAACAACGGCAAUCCAGAUCGCGGGAGCUCAGGACCUGUAAAUUGUGUCUCAUCCUAUCCAAUGGCUCGGUCAUCCUCAUCCUCCGCAUUGAGGAGACCAGAGGAUGACCCUCACCCGGCACCGACCGCAAGGGGAACCGAUAUCUCAGGAGGAAACCUGAAGAAGGCACCGCAACAGGAGAAAGCGCCUUGCACUCCUCAGACUGAUACCAGCCCCACUGCUUGUAAUGACAGUGAAAAGGAGAGCCCCACACCUAGCAAAGGCAAGGAGAGGAAGAGCUCUGGUCCUAGUGCCAGGAAAGGCAAAGGCCAAAUAGAGAAGAGAAAGUUAAGAGAGAAGCGGAGAUCAACAGGUGUUGUCAGUAUACCAUCCAAUGAGAGCCUGGAUGAGCUUGAUGAUGAUGAUGGAGCUGAGAAGGACAGGCAGAGUGAGGAAGCACUCACACAGCUCAACACCGUGCAGAAUGAGGCCAUGACCUCUGAACUGGGGGCAGGACACUUAUUACAGGACACUCCAAGAACUGGUGGUGGCCGUCAGAAGAGCUCUGCAAGCCCCGGCUCUGAGGAGGAAACCGGGGGGAGCAGACAUCGUCAGGGUCACAGCAGGCAUGGGAGAGAGACUGGCUUUGCGGCUCCUACAGGGCUGGAGAGGAGGAUAGAGGAACUAGAGAAGGAACUGGCUUUGGAGAGACAAGAGACUGCUAGGCUGCUGAAAGCUCACCAGGACAAAGAUGAACUCAUCCUCAAACUCAGAGAGGAGAUUGAGCUGCUCAACAGGGAUCUUGAUGACAUUGAAGAUGAAAACGAGCAGCUUAAGCAGGAGAACAAGACUCUGCUUAAGGUGGUUGGUCAGCUGACAAGGUAGAAUCCCACAUAUUCAGAAUGAAAAAGUACGCGUAACCCCCAGUGGAGCUACCGGAGUGUUAUGAAGAAGAACCUGGCUGUCCCUGGGCUUCCCUCUGUGUCCUCUCCUCUCUCUGUGUUGGUCUUGUUUCUACCCUUCUUGUCAUUGCUUUUGGAAAGAGCUUAGUCUGGUAUGGGAAGCUUUGUGGCCUGAAUUUCACUUGGAGUCUUAUGAAGGCUUGGGGUGUUGAUACUAGCUGUUGAUAUAUUAUUCUAUUUAAUGUAAAUGUCUGUGUACAUAGGCCAUUCAGAUAUGUUUUUGAUAAAACUAAAAAAAAAAGGAAAUGAAAUUGAAUGUGCAUGGUGCACCACCAAACAUUUGUGAGAUUAUUUUUGCUUUGUACUUUUGAGCUCCAAGGGCCCUGACUGGAACCCUUGACUUUGCGUGCUGCUUUGAUGUUCAGUCACAUUCAAACCCUCCUUUAUAGCAUCUGCAUUCACAGGAUUGGCUCCAGGAUGGAGCCAGCAUUAUUACAACCAAAUUCAAGAAAGAAAUCAGUGCUUCCAUCAGCCAAAGGGGGCAUAAUGCCCUGUACAUUGCGAAUCUUCUGUGAUGCAUUAACUCCAUUUCCUUGAGGGAGAGAGAAGCCUGGUGCUUUUGCCUGGUAAAUUCCAGCGUCUGCUGUACUCUCUUGUUCAGAUCUGUACUUGGCUCAUUUUAACCAAGGCAGCAUAGUCAGCCUGUGAAAGUUAGAUCAUGCAUAGUGCGUCUCCAUUUCUGACUCUAAAAAUCUUUUUGCUUGGUUCUUUGCCUCAGUCUACUGCAAAUGGAGGAUGGAUUAUUGUAGAAAUUGCCAGCAGGGGGUUUGUAAGUUGCACGUCAUAGAAAUGUUAUCAGCUGAUUUAAAAAUAAGAAAUAAAUAUGUAAUUCAACCGUUUACAACAUGUUUUAAUUUCAGUAUGAAUAGAUCAUGUAGUUAUUCAUGAUAUAGGGUGAGCAAAUUCAUAGUCUAGGCUACUGCAGUGCAUUUUUAAUAACCAAAUCAACUGAAGGACGAUACAUUAUGAAACGCCUUUUAUUUUGUCUCAUGUUUAUUCAAGGCAAUAAUGUGGCUCAUCUGCAUAUUAUUCUAACUAACAGCAUUUAGAUCGUUUAGUUGUUACCAUGUUGGAGCUCAUCCUCUGUUGAUUCAAAUCUACAGUGCUGGCAACAUGUACUCUGUAAAGCCUUUUGAGAAUUUUCUUUUUGUUUUUCCUUUUCUUUUGUUUUAUUUUCUUUUUGAGACUGUACCAGGAUGGGAGACCUCUACUUUCCUCCCUCCACAUUAUGCAUGUACAGAAGAUGAAGUCAUUCAAUAAAAGGUUGAUUAUCUCUCUC